AGGAAGGGCUACUUCGAUCCGAUGUAGAAGGACUUCGAAUGAAGUGGAUAAGCGGCCCAAAACAUUUCAUUGCUCAAUACCAUCCCACCUGGCAAAUUGUGGUAUUUUGUGAGUUUUACAAUCUAGCAUCGUAGAAACGAAAGCCGUACUUUCGACACCCAUCGAUGAAGGAACCAUUUUCGAACGAGGCUUUCAAUUUUACGAAAGUCCGCGAAAGCGAGUGUUUGGCCAAAUACAUUGUUUCCAACGGAAAGGUAGUAUUCCUUCCUCACGUAUUUCGUGUGUUGCUGGGAGUGAGUGUAAGAAUGUGUCUUCUGUUCCCUCUCCUUCAAGUUCUGCUAGCACAUCCAAUGUAUCUGAUUCGGCCGGUGAAACAAACACAGUGUACACAAUCCUGUUAAACGGUUUACCCCUCCUUUUUAUGUCCCUCACUUUUCAGUGUCUCCCAUUUGCCACAACCACCAUCUUAUCAUUCCAAACCUUCAGCAAUGCCAUAAUCAGGUCUGGGACGACCGCUAUACCAUCGAUCUGAUCGACAUGUCUGUGAAUUCGGAGCGUCCCGACUACGUGCUUUUUUUCAAUUCUCUCGGCGGAUUUUCGUCUGUUAAUCAUCUCCAUUACCAAGUCAUGUACACUUCCUCCUUUUACGCGACGGCCACCUCCCAUCCGGACCCUCCGCUCCCUUCUUCCUUUUCUCCGUCCAAACUGCCUCUCGAACUCGCUACGAGCGAAUUUCUUCGGAAGAUCGGGUCCAUUGAGAUGAGCGUGAUUACCGACUGGCUGUGUCAAACUGUGAAACUUCGAUUUUCAGGCGAGGGAGCGUACGGACAUCACGAUAGAGAAGUUAUGGCCGCCUUGACCAACAUCGUGAUUGACAUGUGUUAUGUGAAGGAGAUUCCGUAUGAUGUGAUUUUUACAAAGUAG